AUGAACGGGAAAAGAAUUGGUGGUUCUCAGUUACGUGUGGACUUCCUUAGGUCUCAACCUCCUAGAAGAGAGAUGGAUCCAGAUGCAAAGGAAGGCCAUUUUCCCAGUAGGAACAUGGUACCAUUUGACUUCCGCAGGAUGGGACAAGAUCCUGUGAACAGUUAUGUCGAUCCAAGUUUUUCGGGGUCCAAAAGGACAAAUCCCUUUCUCCCAAUGGGAUCACAAUAUGGUGAUGCAAUAGCAAGCAAAGUCCUGUGGAUCAGAUAUCCUCCUUCCGUUAUCCUCGAAGAUGACAUGCUGCAUAAUGCCAUGAUUUUGUUUGGCGAGAUCGAGAGGAUAAAGACGUAUAGUGACAGAAAUUAUGCCUUUGUAGAAUUCAGAAGUGUUGAUGAAGCCAGGCGGGCCAAAGAGGGACUACAGGGCAAGCUAUUUAAUGAUCCUAGGAUUUUAAUCGACUAUUUCAGUGAUGAAUUUCCUGGCGUUAGUCCAUUUCAACCAGUUCGGAUGGAUCUGCUUGGUCAUAACCACCCUGUUUUACUGGGAAAUAAUCCAGGCCGUCCAUCACCUCGUGGAAUUCAUGCACCUGAUCUUUAUACGAGGCCACCUGUUGGUUCUCAUGCUGCCUUUGAACCUGGGCAUCAUGGCCCGGAACAUGUUGACUUGUCUUCUGUUCCUAAGUUGCAGAACCAUAGUUCCCAAACUCUAAUGGGAGGGCCUGCUUGGAGAAGAUUUUCUCCCACUCGUGGCUUACUAUCUUCUCCUUCAGCAAGUUUUAUAUCAGACAGGUCGGCACCAUGGGAUGUUUCUGAUGCUACCCAACUUCAAAGAGAAUCUAAAAGAUCAAGGCUUGAUGCUCCUCUGCCUCCUGAAAGAACCAAGCAUCACAGUCCGCAUUCACUACGAAGUGGUGGAGCUUCUGGUGCUUUGACCAGAAGCGCAAUUGGUGGGCAUGGUCCGCGCCUUACCGAAAGUGAUUACAUCUGGCGGGGUCUUAUUGCAAAAGGUGGAACACCUGUUUGUCGUGCCCGGUGUGUCCCUGUUGGAGAUGGGCUUGGAGCUGAUAUUCCCGACAUAGUUGAUUGCUCAGCAAGAACUGGAUUGGACUUGCUAACCAAACAUUAUCAUCAGGAUGCUAUUGGGUUUGGUGUAGUAUUAUUCCUGCCUGACAGUGAGGACGACUUUGCUUCUUAUACAGACUUCUUGCAAUAUCUGGGUUCCAAAGACAGAGCAGGAGUUGCAAAGUUCGAGGAUGGUACCACCUUAUUUUUGGUACCUCCAUCUGAUUUUCUGUUUAAGGUUCUUGAAGUUGAUGGACCCGAGAGGCUGUAUGGAGUAGUUCUGAAGUUUCCCCAGAUAGCGCCUGGUAGUCCAUCUUUAAAUCCUCACACUAUGUCUGCUCCUUACACUGAUCCACCCAGAAGGCCCACUCCGCAAAGGGGAUAUGAUGCUCUUGCCCCAGAGGAAAGGGGUUCACAUUUGGAUACCUCUAUGGUUUUGCCUGAGGAUUUCAAAUUGCCUCCUCAAGCUCCUAUUCCUGUGACCAGCCAUGUUGUUCCACCAACCACAGUGGCACCCCCAGCUAGUUUAAGCUUAACUCCUGAGCUUAUUGCUACUCUAACUUCGUUGCUACCUGCGAAUAAUACUCCACAAGCCUCCUCAUUUUUACCUCAGGCACCCUCUGUGCUAGGUGUGACAUCCAAUGUUGUUUCUAGUGUUGACACAAACACAGCCCAUUGGAAGCAUGAAAACCAGGCUCAAGUCCAUAAUGGCCAGUUUGUGCAACCACAGGGUUGGCCAAUGCAACAUCCCCAGGCAAGUCAAGCUCAAGUUCCUCCUCCAAUGGAUUCGGGCAUGGCUGGCCAAUUUCAUCAAGCAUUGAAUCCCUAUAGACAACACCACACUGGCGACUUCACAUCUCAAGGUGGCUCUUCAUCGAGAUCGAUGCCACCCGUAAUUUCAAUGCAAAGAGGACCAGCCCCAGUGGCACCGGAGAUCAACCAGCAAUAUCAACAUGGGAAUCCUCAGGAUGUUUUUAGGGGUCAAGGGAUAGAAACUGGAGCAGACACUCUGAAACCGUCCUAUAAUUCGCCUAUUCUCCCGCAGCCGAUGUAUCCAGUGGCAUUAUCCAAUCAGAUGCAUGGUAAUGCAUCUUCCCAGCCCUAUGUUCCGCAGCCUUCUGAAGUGGAGCUUGUGCAUCAAAGCCAGCCGCUUCAGACUGCUCCAUUUGGGACCACGCAGGAAAAUGCUGAAACCGAGGCUGAUAAGAAUGAGCGGUACAAGACAACACUGUUGUUUGCAGCCAAUCUCCUGUCUAGAAUACACCAGCCAUCAGGUAAUCAAGCCGGGCAGGGUGCAGGAAGUAAUUGA